AUGCAGGGGGCCGUGGUCUCUAGGGCGGCGCUCGCCGAGAUGACCCACACUCAGGAGUCGGCCUCUCCGCUGCCGUUCGGCCCGCCCGCUCUUUCUCAAGGGGCUUGGCGGCAGGCAGCGGUCAGCUCUGACACGGCCGUGCCGGAGACUUCGGAGAUUGCCGCUCGCAAUCGCAAUCGCGCGGAGAUGGAAUCCCGGGCGCUCGCCCCCGAAGAUCGACCACCUGCUCAGCCGGUGGACUACGAUCAGAACGAUGAGGAGGGCACCCGUGGGCACAUGAUCGAUGCUGCCAGGGACGAUGCUCGGCAAGAUCGUUCCUUUGCCCGCUCGACGGCAAAGCUCACACCAGCGCAGUUCGCCGAGCUGGCUGACUCGUACCACAACCCUGCUGGUCACGCUACCUCUUCGGCGGCAGCUCAGUUUUCCACGGUCGUGGUUGAAGAGGCCGAGCCGGAGAACUUGCUGGCUCCAGCAGGUGAGCCGACCUCGAUGUUGCGGGAAGCAGCGCCAGCCGAUCGCUGGACAGCGAAGAUCCUUGCUUACCCAUGUUUCGACCCUGGGUUUCGCCAGGCGAUCGUGGCGACCCGGCUGGCAGAGAUCCCUUUUGUCCUUUCAAUGGACGCCGGGACGCCUGAGCAGUUCGCCGCGGUGUCUCUCGACUGGACGGCCAGCUCGGCCAAGACGGAGCACGACCUCCUGGCUCCGAGGACCCAAAUGCUCGAACAGUACUGGGUCUUCGUGAAGGCCGCGGAAUCGCUCUUUGUCGAGUCUCUCGGCUACCAGAUGGGCUUUGCUCGCUGCUCGAAGGUGCCCCGAGAACGUUCUGCAAAGUCGAUCGCACACUUUCAACGGGAGAUGGCCAUCCGAGCUCUAGCUGCACCAGUUCUGGCUCCUUCGGCUAAAUCGAGGCUGCCGGCAAGCUCUUCUUCUCCCUCGGCAACUCCAUUGCUCGACUUGGAGAACGCCGAGAAACAGAAAUGGGCUAAGCGCUUGAAGGCGAUCGCUGAUCGGGCCGGCGAACACGCUCGGCCCGAAGGGGUCCACGAUGCUGAGGGGAUCCUCUCGGAAGAGGAACGCGCUCGCCUUCGGCUGUUGGUUUUCACCUCGGGGGCGCCUUCUACCAUGGCAAACCACAUUCGUAGGUUCGAGAAGUUCGAAUUGUGGGCUCGGCACGUGCCGCUCCCCCUCUACCCCAUCUCGGACGACAAGAUCCUGAAGUAUGCCAUGGAGCUCGACUCAAGGGAGUGCGGCCCGACUGUUCUUCCUUCGCUCCGCAUGGCUCUGAAAUGGGUGGCUUUUCGGAUUAACCUCAAGCUCCCUUCGAUCGAGACAGCGGAGCUAAAGGCGCUCGAGAAGGAGAUCUUCACACAGCGAGGGCGGCCGCUGAAGGAAGCGAUCGCUUUCCCGCUCGAGCUGGUCCAGGCUAUGGAGCGCUUUGUCGCUAACGACUUGUUCGAGUCGCAGUUCCCGCUCGUGGAACGCGACUUCUGGAUCCCCGAGCUCGACACCAAGGAGCGCUGGUCUUCUCUUCCAGCGAAAAUGAUCAAAGAGUUGGUGCAGGAGGUUUCGCGCGAGUUCGUGCCCCUCUGUGCUCAAGAGGAUGACACGAUCGAGGACGCAGAGGACAGGGAUCUUUCAUUGACUGAGUUCUUUGUCAAAGUCGAGCACGAGUUCGCUACUCCUCCGAAGCGGCCUCGCUCGAGGUCCCCUCCGCCGACACCUCCGAAGAACGAGGCCAAGACUCGCAAGAAUCGAGCUCGUCGGCAGAAGGAAAAGGAGUUGCUCAAGCAAGCUCGCGCAGAGCGCGAUCGUCGGCCGCCACCGUGGCUUCGUUGGGCUGAGGUGCCCCGGGAUCCCGACACAAUUCGUGAGCUCGGUCCCUGGUGCCUCGAGAUCUUUGCCGGGUCUGCUGGCCUCACCGCCGCCUGGAAACGUCACGGUCUUAAGACUUUGCCGCCGAUCGACAAGUGCACCUCCGAGUUCCUUCUGGAGUCGAUCGACUUGCUGGACGCACAGGUCUUUGAUUGGCUGCUCUUGCUGUGCCGCAUGGGGGCGAUCGUCUUUCUGCACUUGGGCAUUCCCUGCGCCACGUUCAGCGUGGCUAGGGAUCGGCCUGGAGGACCUCCCCCCCUGCGAUCGCAGGCGCUCCCCCUUGGCCUCUAUGUUCUCAAGAAGCACCAUCAAGCACAGCUCUUCGAGGCCAAUGAGCUCUUGUUCCGAUCUCUUCUUCUUUUCGACGCUGUGGUUCAAGCUGGCGGAGAUGCCUCGAUCGAGAACCCGAAGGACAGUCUGAUCUGGCAGGUCCCUCAGGUCCAGCAGCUCAAGGUUCGUCUUCACCUCUACAACGUCGAUCUUGAUCAGUGCGAGUAUGGAUCACCUCAUCGCAAGCCUACUCGGCUUCUUGGCAGUCACGCUGCUCUUCUCGCUCUUGCACGUCCUUGUUCAGGUGGACAUGUUCAUGAGCCUCUUCGUGGCGUGACAAGGUCGGAGACUGGCAAGAAGAUCUUCAAGACUAAAGCAGCUCAGGUCUACCCCUCGGCGCUUUGCACCGCGUGGGCGAUCGCCGUGGCCGCGAUCGUGCAGAAGUCGGCCCAGCAGUUCGCCGCUUCGUUUGCUCUCACGGCUCCGUCGGCAGAGCGCAAGCGAUCUUUGGGAUCCCAGAUUGCUUGGAAAGGCCAUCGCCAAUCCGCUGCCGCUCGGCUGGCGGCGGCUAGCGGCUAUCAGCUCAAACGAGGUGCCGCCAAGCCGCUGCUCGACGUCGAGUGUGAGCCAGGUCAGGCAAUCCAGGGGUCUCUUCAGGUUCGGCACCCAUUCACCGUGCAGCCGGCGCUCCCCGACAAGAUCGUCGACAACAUCAAGUUCAUUGUCUCCUCCCCGCAGGCGCUCGUGGCUCGCCGUUCUGAGCGCCUUCAGUUCUGGCAACAGCGUGCGCUCACGCUGCUUCCAGAGACAGAUCGGAUUUUGCGGUCAAUCGCCGACGCUCCUCUUCGUCGGCUUCUUCGCGGUGCUCCGGAUUAUGCUGAUCUGCAGCUGGGCUCUUGCACUCACGUGGCGCUCUACGACGAGCUCUUCGCAGCGAUCGGCUGCACGGAUCAUCAAAUUCUCCAAGGCAUUCGCGGUGGCUUCCCGAUCGUUGGCGAAAUCCAGCGCUCGGGGCGCUGGCCGCCGUUCACAAAGCCACAGCGGUCAGUGCCUGUGCAGGAAGCUCUGGAUCGGGUUGUCCUUGGCGAGUUCAACUGGAACUUCCGAGACUGGGUAGUGGCGCUUCAGGAGGUGCCUGUAGCAGUGACAUGGGUCGGCUGGUGGCAGGAGACCCAGAUGGUUCGCUUGCUCCCGUACAGCCGAUUUCUUUUCUAUUGGUGGCAGCCAGAUCCAACCUUCUUGGGACUUGCGACUGGCUUUCCAGAGCAAGUGUAUUUCGACCACCGAAGCCUGAGCUUUGACCAGAUUGUCACCAGUCAGCUCGUCAAGUGGACUGCACUUGCGGAUCAUGUGCCGGAAGUGAACUUCUUCCUUCGUGAGUUCCAGCUGACGGACGAAGACCAAAGGGAAAUGAUGCUGGCCAAGGCCGACGGCGAAGAUGACUUCGACAUCGCAUGCAACUGGUUGCAAAACAACACAGAGAUUUGGAGAGAUUGGAUGCCCCUGGAUCCGGAUGCGAUGGGUCUGCCGGAUUUUAUCCUCGGCAUCGUGGCAGCCUCGACCGUCAUUGUAAUGAUGGCUGCAGCAUAUGGAUUCUUUCGAAGCUGGCGUCAGUACCGAGACUCACCAGGUAACCAUCACACAGCAACAGGAGCAUGGGCAAUGAAAUGGAUCGGACCCCACGUUCAGGCUCGGCUGAAAUUGGUACCCACAGGCUACGAGAAGUGCGCCUUGAAGAGGAACUGGAUCGUGAAUGCUACGCCGUAUGACAUCUCAUUUAGCCAGUCAUACUCGUUGGCGACGAAGCGCAUCAAGCUUGACUCGUACACCUUCGGACAGAUUUUCCACUGUGUCAGCGAGCAAGUAGUGCUUGAGAUCGAGAAGCCAGGCUCCCCUCCUGCCGUUUGGAAUCUCGAGGAAGAGACAAUAACGAUCACGGUCACGACUUCGGAUUGGAUCAGGAUGGCACCCGAGGGAGUCAUCGCCUACGAUGGGCCUUGUGCCCGAAAGCACUUGGGUCCAGACAUGGGUCACAUUCGCUUGGCGACGCUAGGGCACGGCAAGGGGAGACAGUGCUUGGUUCUUUGCUGGUCCCCUCCUCACAUCUUGCGUGGAGUGCCAAUGCUGGAACUGGCGCGUUUCUUCCGGCGGGUAGUGACGCAUCCACGCCUGCGAGAUCAUUGGCAGGAAGAUGAAGUGACAGACGACACAAGCUGGCAAGACAAGCCAGGGCCACUUAUGGCCGUCCUGACUCGAGGAUCAACGAAAGCAACGAAGAAUGCUGAGCAUGCAUCCUCCCUGCACAACAGCAGUGCGAACAUGUAUAACGCGCUGACACAUGUGAUAGUUCCUGAGUCUUCGGUCUUCGACGCUUCGUAUGCUGAGAUUCACACCAAGUACGGUGCAGCAAAUCUCUUCGUGUCGCACGUGUGGGCUGAGACCGCGCAGAAUUCCUUGGAGGCCGUGCGCCGCCUUUACCGGUUUGUUAGGGAAAACCAGCUCAAGCCACAGCAGGUGCGAGGAUGGUUCUGCACUGUGUGCAACAACCAGAGCCGGGUGAUCGAGGAACUCGGCUCCGAGGUUCGGAAGUCUCCUUUCUACCAGGUUCUGCAAUCCAAGAGCAUUGAGCAGGUGGCGCUGGUUUCUCCUCUAAAGGCGCUGAACCGAAAGUGGUGCAACUUCGAGUUCUCUUUGGCCAUCCACAGCGAUAAGCCCGUUUGGAUGGUCACCAGCGACGGCGUGGUGCAAGCGGGCGACGUGCCACCCAAGGCCCUGCGACAGAUCGCCGAAGCUGUCCUCAGCUUCCGCUGCCAGGAGUCGAGGUGUUCAACAGCAGCGGACGAAGCAAUGAUUGAUGCGGCUGUGGCAGAAAUGGGGGGCUAUGACCGGCUGGACAGCAAGCUGAAAGCAGUCUUCCGGUCCGCUAUAGAAGUGGCACACAUCCAACUAAGUGAGGCUUUCGAGAUGGUGAAGCUUGAGGACAUGUCAAUCGUGAGCUUGAAUCUCUGUGGUGCAGAUGAGGUGGCGAAGACCGACACAGCGGCCGCUCGGGCUGCCCUGGCUGUGCCCCCACUGCCAAGCAAAGCCGAGGAUCAGAGGGGCCUGCUGGGACUGCGGAACAUGGGCAACACCUGCUAUCUCAACAGCGCAGUGCAGUGCCUCUCGCAGACUGCGUCCUUGCUGCAGAGCCUGCAGAGAGACGCCGACCGAGCCCAGCUCGGCGCCGUCUCCCGUGCCUUCCUGGCCACCAUUCGCAGCCUCUGGAGUGCCUCUACAUUGGAGCCUGCUGUGCCAGGGCAGCUCAAAGCUUGCAUCUCAGCAGCGAGCGCCAGCAACGAGAUUUUUGCCGGCAGCUCGCAGCAGGAUGCACAAGAGUUUCUGCAGGCUCUGCUGGAAGCCUUGGACCGCGACUUGACGGACAGCCAAGAAGCAGAAGGCCCUUCUCUGGUCUCGGAAAUCCUGGAAGGACAGCUGUGUUCGGAAGUGCGCUGCAGCGGCUGCCAAGGCGUGAAUCAGACGUGCGAUUCCUUCUGGUCGCUGCCGCUGCCGCUGCCUCCCACCGGAAGGGCGUCCCUGGCCAGUGUCCUGGAGACUUUCUGCGGUGAGGAGGCCUUGGAGGCAACAGUGACUUUCGAAAUUCAGGGGGGCCCUUUAGGAGCACGGAAACAGGGACAGAGAGAGAGAGAGAGAGAGAGAAAGCAUCAGGGCUUACAGUUUGCCUCGCUGCGCACUGUAUCCCGCCAGGGGUGGUUAGUGGGAUGUUGCAAUGAAAAGAGUCCGAGUUCGCGGGGGGAACUUCAUGCCACCAAAGAGGACCGGAGGAGUCCCGGUGCCCAGCGAAUGGUUAUGUGUUGUACACGGGGGUGUGCGCCAGGGUUUCGGCCCCAUGCCCCUAGCAAGCCAGAGAAAGAGAGAGAGAGAGAGAGAGAGAGAGAGAUGAUUGGAGCAAGAAACCGCCGGGCAGAGGCAAAACCAAUCCGGCCUCCCCAACCUCCUUGCAAACGGAGACAUCUCCCAUCCGUGGUGGGGAGUUUCAACGAUUGCAUACCGGCACAGCGCUCUUGUGUGCCGUGCUGCACAAAGUUUCAGGGAAAAAGCACAGCAAGCGGUGAUCUGGGAGUGAUCUCCAGGAGGCGGACAAUUGGCGCUGCGAGAGCUGCACCUCGCACUCGGCAGAAAGGCAUGGAGCACAUUAGAGCUGAAGCUUCCGACUGUUGUGCUUGA